AUGGAAGUGGUGGCGUCGGCGCCGGGGAAGGUGCUCAUCGCGGGAGGAUACCUCGUGCUGGAGCGCCCCAACGCCGGCCUAGUCCUCAGCACCACCGCCCGCUUCUACGCCGUCGUCCGCCCCCUCCGCGACAGCCUCCCCGCCGACUCCUGGGCCUGGGCGUGGACGGAUGUCAAAGUGACUUCCCCUCAGCUCUCCCGAGAGGCCACGUACAAGCUGUCCAUAACGAAAUCGACGUUGCAAUUGACGUCUGCGAGGGAAUCUACAAACCCUUUUGUGGAGCAGGCCAUACAAUUCUCCGUAGCAGCUGCUAAAGCGACCAUUAUUGAUAAGGAGAGGAAGGAUGUAGUUGAUAAAUUGCUGUUGCAAGGUCUGAACAUUACAGUUCUUGGUUGCAAUGAUUUCUAUUCUUAUAGAAAGCAGAUUGAAGCACGUGGUCUUCCUCUUACUCCGGAGGUAUUGCUUUCAUUGCCUCCAUUCUCUUCAAUUACAUUUAACUCAGAGGUUGCUAAUGGAACAACGACUGGAGAGAAAUGUAAACCUGAAGUAGCCAAAACUGGACUUGGGUCAUCAGCUGCCAUGACCACAUCAGUUGUUGCAGCUGUCCUUCACUAUCUUGGUGCCGUUAACCUUUCAUGUCCGGGACAAUCUUCCGGUGAUAAUGCAACUGAACAAGGUCUUGACUUGGUUCACGCUAUUGCCCAAAGUGCACAUUGUAUAGCACAAGGGAAAAUUGGAAGUGGUUUUGAUGUUAGUGCUGCUGUCUAUGGGAGUCAAUGCUAUGUAAGGUUUUCUCCAGAAAUACUCUCCUCGGCUCAGGCUACAGGUGGGACUUCCUUGCCAGAUGUAGUAUCAGAUAUUGUUACGCAAAGGUGGGAUCAUGAGAAUAAACAGUUUUCAUUACCUCCUCUGAUGACCCUUCUCCUUGGGGAACCUGGAACCGGAGGAUCAUCUACUCCAUCAAUGGUUGGAUCUGUGAAACGGUGGCAGAAGUCUGACCCUGAGAAAUCCAAAGAUACAUGGAGUAAACUGGCCAUUGCCAAUUCAGCGCUGGAGAACCAACUGAGAAUCUUAAAAGGACUUUCUGAAAAUCACCGGGAGGCAUAUGAGUCUGUAGUGCGGUCCUGUAGUCAUCUCACGUAUGGGAAGUGGACAGAGGUGGCUACUAACCAAGAUCAAGAAUUAAUUGUUAGAUCAUUGUUGGCUGCAAGGGAUGCUUCCCUUGAGAUAAGGCUUCACAUGCGAGAGAUGGGUAUAGCAGCCGGUGUUCCAAUUGAGCCAGAUUCACAAACACAGCUACUAGAUGCCACUAUGAAUAUGGAGGGUGUUUUACUGUCUGGAGUUCCCGGAGCUGGUGGCUUCGAUGCAGUAUACUCAGUGACUUUGGGGGAUGCAAAUAAUGCUGUAGCAAAUGCUUGGAGCUCAGUUGGCGUUCUGCCACUUCUUGUUCGAGAAGACUGCCAUGGUGUUUCUUUGGAAGAUGCUGACCCAAGAACAAGGGAGGUGUCAGCAGCUGUAUCGUCCAUUCAGAUUAAUUGA